AAUCGUAAUGUCGAUAUUUUUUUCUUUCAUCAUGCUCUGUGCUGUCACAGAGUACAUAACAAAUAAAACCUUUGUGUUUAGGUGUGUGUGUGUGUGUUGUUUUUGAAUCCGAAAUCAGAUGUGAAAUCUAAGUCGAAGUAUUUAUCUUAUCUAUAAUGUUUAUUUGAUCGUCCUAUAAAAGGAUUGAUAGAAUAUCAACAUCAUAUCUUAGUGUAAUGCCUGUCAAUUACUAAAGCGUAACAGUGAACGGGGUAGAUAAUUUAUUAUAAUUCCUUUCAGCUAGUUUUCGACAAAUGUGAUUUGGUUCUCGUAAUGGAGGAUUACAAGUUUCUUUUUAAAGUAGUGCUAGUGGGUAACGCUGGGGUCGGUAAGACUUGUUUGGUGCGACGAUUCACGCAAGGUUUGUUCCCACCAGGCCAGGGUGCUACAAUUGGUGUUGAUUUCAUGAUCAAAACCGUAGAAGUCGACGGAGAGAAAGUGAAGCUGCAAAUAUGGGACACUGCAGGACAGGAAAGGUUCAGAUCAAUAACACAGAGCUAUUACCGCUCAGCACAUGCUUUGAUACUCGUGUAUGACAUAUCUUGCCAACCAACCUUUGACUGCUUGCCGGACUGGCUCAGAGAAAUUGAAGAGUAUGCUAAUAAUAAGGUGCUUAGAAUAUUAGUUGGUAAUAAAACUGAUAGGGAGGAUAGAGAAAUACCACGGCAUAUAGGAGAGGAUUUUGCACAACGACACGGAAUGUACUUUUUAGAAACAUCAGCUAAAGAAGCAGAAAAUGUUGAAAGACUAUUUAUGGAGAUCGCUGUCGAAUUAAUGGAGCAAGCUAAAUGCAAGGAGCUACCGAAAUACGAUGGCAGCUUAGGUCCGCUAAAUGGGAAGACGACAUCUGUCAGUGAUAGCUCGUGCUGUCUCCGAUCAUAAACCUAACGAA